AUGAGGCCACCACUGCUGCCGCUCUUGCUCCUGUGGGUGCCGUGGCUGCUGGGACCCCUGGCAGAGGGUGAGGGAUGCAACCAGACAGCAGGAGCAGGGUUGGAGGGACAGGAUGCACACAGUGAUGGAGGGACCCUUCUGAACCUCAGUGUGAGUGCCCAUGGCCGCUCAGACUCCCUGCUCGUGUCCUGGGAUGAGCCACAGGGGAAUGCUGAGGGAUAUCUGCUUGCCCUCUUCUCGCUGGGGUCUGGCACUCUGCUGCAGAAUGGAUCUGCUGGACCCAACACCACCAGCUUCUGGUUCCGUGGGCUGACCCCUGGCACGCACUACAAGGUUGAGGUGAAGGCCACCCUUGCCCGCAUGGAGACCACCAGCCAGAUUCUGACUGCACAGACAAGUCCUUCCCCCGUGCGCAGCCUGAGCCUGAGCAGCGGCAGCCCUGCCUCGCUGGGCGCCUCCUGGCUGCAUGCCCAGGGGCAGCGGGAUGGCUACCACCUGUGCCUCUACCACAGCGACUCCCAGGAGCUCGUCAGCAACGUGUCCCUCCCGCCCAGCGCCUCCACCUUCCUGUUCCAGGGGCUGCUGCCUGGCAGCGAAUACGCCCUGAAGGUCAGCACGCUCUCAGGGUCCAGCCAGGCGAGCACCAGUGCCCACCAGUGGACAGCUCCCUCUGUCCCCACUCAGCUGAGGCUCAGCCCAGGCUCCAGCACCAGCCUGGUUGCCUCCUGGAUGGAUGCUGCAGGGGCUGCCUGGCUCCACCUUGCACUCCACAACCUCCUCACCCAGACAGUGACCACAACCCUGUCAGCCAGGAGAGGCCUCACCAGCUACACCUUCCAGCAUCUCCACCCUGGCACCCAGUACUGGCUGGGGCUGAAUGCCACGGCUGGGCCCUACACUGUGGCAGGGCCCAAUGCCACUGCAUGGACAUAUCCCCUGAGCCCUGCCAACGUGACCCUGAGCAGUGCAGAGGAGCAGAGCUCCUUGCAGGCUCGCUGGAGCAGCCCAGCAGGAGAGAGGGACUUCUACCUGGUGACCCUGCAGGAGGGGGAGGACAAUGCCCCCACAAGGAACAUCUCUGUCGAUGGGGACAGCAGCCACGUCACCUUCCAUGGGCUGAGCCCUGGCAGGCAGUACUGUGUGCAGGUGACAGCGGUGGCAGGGCCCUACCGUGCCUCAGCCUUCAGCACAGCAGCCUGGACAGAACCACUAGCACCAGCUGCUGUGAGGCUGUCCAGCCAGGGCAGCCCCUCCAGCCUGCUGGCCAGCUGGGAGGAGGCAAUGGGAGAGGGCUACCUGCUGGAGCUCAGCCCUGUGGGGCACCCUGUGAAGAAGAGUUUGCUGCUCAGAGGCUUCACCAACUUCACAUACGAAGGCCUCCGCCCUGGCACCCUCUAUGCCUUUGAGGUCAGCACCCUGGCUGGCCCCCACACAUCCUCACCCCAGCGCGUCACCAACUGGACAUAUCCUUUGCCCCUGGAGCAGCUGACCCUGAGCAAUCAGGGCCAGAGCAGCUCUCUGCAAGCCUCCUGGAGAGCAGCUCCUGCUGGCAGCAGUGGCUACAUAGCCACCCUCUGGGAAACCAAGUCCCAGAAGCAGGUCAGGAACAUGACUGUGGGGAACACCUGGACAAAUGUCACCUUCAAGGACCUGAUCCCUGGGAGACAGUACAGGCUGGAGAUGGCUGCUGUGGCUGGGCCCUACAGAUCCCCUGUGAGAGCAGCCACAGACUGGACAUACCCCCUGGCUCCAGCUGGUGUGACCCUGACCAACACUCGGCGCCCGCUGGGCCUCGCUGCCUUCUGGGACAGGGCUGCUGGGGAUGUGGAGCACUUCCACCUCCAGCUCUACAGCAAGAGCCAUGCAGCACAGAGGAACAUCUCAGUGGGGCCAAGCACUCACAACUUCACCUUCCUGGGCCUGUCCCCUGGUGUUCAGUACUUCCUGAAGGUCACUGUCCUCGCUGGCCCCUACAGAUCCUCGUCACACUUUGCCACAGAGUGGACAUAUCCACUCUCCCUGGCCAAUGUGACUCUGCAGCCCGGCCGCAGCCCCCAGGAGCUGCUGGUGAGCUGGGUGGAGUCAGGCGGUGGCAGAGACCACUUGGUACAGCUCUCGGUGGCUGAGUCCCUGUCCAUCAUCAGGAACGUGUCUGUGCCCCGGGGUGCCACCCAGCUUGUCCUGGAGGGGCUGGUGCCAGGCUCCAGGUACCGUGUGGAGAUCAUUUCCCAGGCUGGGCCCCACCGCAUCUCCUCCCAGACUGCCGUCGGCUACACCGUGCCACUGCCUCCUCUUUCCCUCUCUGCACACCCUGUGAGCACUGCCUGGACUCUGGCUGUGCACUGGGAGACCCCUCCUGGGCAAAGGGACAGAUACCUGCUCAGUGUGCAGGAGGAAGGCUCUUCUGCACCAGCAAGGAGCCUGGAGAUGGGGAAGGACAGCACCAACGUCACCCUGACACAGCUGGAACCAGGAACUUGCUACCUGGUUGGGAUCUGGGCAGUUGCUGGACCCUAUCAGUCCCUCCCAAAGAACAUCACCUCCUGCACAGCUCCUGCUGCACCAACAAACCUCAACUUCACCAACCCAGGCAGCUCCUCAGAGCUGUACCUGUGCUGGAGCAAACCCCCUGGCAGGAGGGACCACUACCGAGUCACUCUGUACAGCCUCAGUGCCCACAGCAGGAUUGGGCUCCAGACCUUGAGUCCAGAUGCCCAGAACCUCACCUGGGCUCACCUGGAGGCAGGCAGCAGGUUUGCUGUGCAGGUCACUGCUGUGAGAGAUUCCUUGGAAGCCUCCUCCAGGAACGUCACCCAAUGGACAUAUCCUUUGGCCCCUGCCAACCUCACCCUGGGCAGUCCCUCUGCCUCUGUGCUGCAGGUCUCCUGGGCAGCAGUGGGGCGAGGAGGUGAAGGCUACGAGGUGGAUGUCUAUGACACAGCCUCCAGCAGCCAUGCUGGGCACACCCUGCUUGGGAGGGGUGCCAGGAGUCACAUCUUCAGGAACCUGAGCCCUGGCACCCACUACAGUGUAGCAGUGAGGGCCACAGCUGGGCCUUUCCACAGCAGCACCCCCAACGUUACCCACUGCACACGCCCCCUGCCCCCUGCCGCCCUGCGCUGGCUGAGCCUGGGGCACCCUGACCGGCUGAGCGCUGCCUGGGCACCUGCGCCCGGGGGCCGAGAUGGCUACAGGCUGACCCUGUACCACGCACAGCUGGGCACCCUGACAGCCACAGCCUCUCUCAGGAGGGACAGCCACAACUUCACCUUUGUGGGCCUGACCCCAGGCUGUGAGUACUCCCUGGAGGUCACUGCCACAGCUGGGCCAUACCAGGCAGCGGCGCCCAAGGUCAGCAGCUGGACACGCCCCCUGCCCCCGGCCGCCGUGCACCUGCUGAGCCUGGGGUACCCUGACCGGCUGAGUGCCACCUGGGCAGCCGCACCCGGGGGCCGAGACAGCUACAGCCUGACCCUGUACCACGCACAGCUGGGCACCGUGGCAGCUGUGACCUCGCUGGGCAGAGAUGUCCACAGCUUCACCUUCACGGGACUGGUCCCAGGGAGCAGAUACCUGCUGGAGGUGGCAUCCAUGGCAGGCUCCCACCCAGCACCUGCAGGGAACGUCAGCAACUGGACAUACCCCCUGGCACCCCGUAAGGUGUCCAUGACAAACCAGGGCUACCCCAACAGGCUGAGUGUGUCCUGGAGAGCUGAGCCCCAAGGACAGGACAGCUACCAGCUCCUCCUGUAUCACUCAGGCUCAGGUAUGCUGGCAGCCAACGUCUCUGUUGGCAAAGGCAUCAGCAAGUUCACCUUCUCUGGCCUGGCUCCAGGACACAAAUACCUGCUGGAGGUGAUGGCCAUGGCAGGGCCCUACACAGCCUCUGCAGGGAACAUCAGUGACUGGACAACCCCUUCAGUUCCCAGCAACCUCUCUGCAGUGGCCGAGGGGCAAGGCACGGUGCUGAUCUCCUGGGGCAGUGUCUCUGGGCAGCAGGACGACUGCCAGUUGUGGCUGCGGGACCCCAGGAACAGCAGCCAGCCCUGGAGGCAUGCCCUGGGCAGAGGACAAGUCCAGCACCUCCUCCAGGGGCUGGUCCCAGGGAGGAACUACUCUGUCUCCUUGAACUGUGUGGCUGGGCCCUACUGGAGCAGCACCAAGCCCUUGGCAGUGCCCAUGGAGCCAGAGCCAGUGCAGGAUGUGCAGUGCCUACCGGAGUCAAGGAGCCUUUACCUGAACUGGACUAACCCUGCUGGAGAUAUAGAGGCUUAUGAGGUGGUGACAGAGAGACUCUCUGAUGGCUCUCCCACCCCCAUGUCCCUCAUGAGCACCCCUGGGAGCGAGGCCAGGCUGGAGGGGCUGGGGCCCAACACCUCCUACCGCAUCGCCGUCAGCACCAUGGGCAUGAACAGCAUGAGGGGCCAGGCUGUGACUCUGCUGUGCAGCACCACAGUGGAGGCCCUGCCUCCACCCCUGCGAGCAGACAGCUUCCAGGUGGAGGCCAGCUCUGCAGUCAUCAUUUCCUCUGAGCUGUUCAGUGAGGAGAAUGGUCAGAUCCAGUACUACGGAGUGGUGGCCACCACCAACCGCUCAGUGCUCAGGCCCACCCAGGAAAUCAUGUCCAGCACCUGGUAUGACCACUAUUAUGGGAUGGAGGACUCCUACCUGGCCGUGCUCAUCCCCAAUCCCUUCCCCCCAAGCCCCAGGAGCUCCCCCGAGACCUGGCGAGUGCCGCUGGGCACGGAGGAGUGUGGCCAGGCCAGGGCCACCUGCAACGGGAAGCUGAAAGCCAACGAGCAGUACAGGUUCAGCAUCGCUGCCUUCACCAAGUACGACCCUGUAGCCCCAGCAGUGACCUUCACCUUGUUCUCAGCCACUGGUGCAGACACAGCUCCACUCUCAGUGCCAAUAAUUGCUGGAAUCAUCAUGGGAUUUCUCCUGACUCUUGCAGCUAUUUUUGCUUUGGUCUACUGGAAACAGCUCAGAGCAAAGAGAACCAAGAAGAGCAGCUUGCCCCAGGAAAUGGUGACCUACAGCUCAAGGAACGUCCACCGGCCAGUCCCCAUCCAGAACUUCAAGCAGUACUAUGAGAUGAAGACAGCUGGAGCCAACCAGGCCUUCUUCCAGGAGUUUGAGGAUCUGAAGGAAGUUGGGAAGGAGCAGCUGAAGCUGGAGGCUGAGCUACCAGCAAAUGCCUCCAAGAACAGAUAUCCUCAUGUACUGCCCUAUGAUCACUCUCGGGUCAAGCUGAGCCAGCUGGGAGAUGAUCCACACUCAGACUACAUCAAUGCCAACUUCAUUCCUGGCUACAUGUCCCAGCAGGAGUUCAUUGUCACCCAGGGCCCCCUGAAGAAGACCAUCAAUGACUUCUGGAGGCUGGUGUGGGAGCAGAACGUUUGCAACAUCAUCAUGCUGACUGUGUGCAUGGAGAACGGCAGGGUGCUGUGUGAUCACUAUUGGCCGUCCGAGGCGGCGCCGCUCUGCUACGGCCAGCUCCGGGUGCAGCUCCUGCGGCAGAGCAGCGCCGAGGAGUGGACCCUGCGCCAGUUCAAGCUGUGGCAUGAGGGUUUCCAGGCUGAGCGGCUGCUGUCCCACCUGCACUACACGGCAUGGCCUGACCAUGGCAUCCCAGAGUCCACAGCCUCCAUCCUGGCCUUCAGGGAGCUGGUCCGGGAGCACAUCCAGAGCAGCAAGGAUGCAGGGCCGACCCUUGUGCACUGCAGUGCUGGGGUCGGCCGCAGUGGCACCUUCCUGGCCCUGGACCGGCUGCUGCUGCAGAUGAGGCAGGAGAAGGUGGUUGACAUCUUCGGUGCUGUGUACACCCUGCGCAUGAAUCGCUACCUGAUGGUCCAGACCUUGUCCCAGUACAUUUUCCUGCACAGCUGUAUCAUGGACAAGAUCCUGGAGGAACCACUUCUGGGUUUGUCUGGGACAGAGAGGUCCUGCCCCAUCCCGCUGAGGACCUUUGCUCAGCACUAUGCCCAGAAGGCAGCCAAGUCCCAGCUGGGUUUCCUGAGGGAGUAUGAGACCCUCCUGGAGGUUGUGAAGGAAGAAGCCAACUCUGCAGCAGCAGCUUCAGGCAGCCAGCAGGCACGGCCCUCCUCCAGCAUCCUCCCAUAUGACCGCUCCAGGGUGAGGUUCUCCCUGCUGGAGCAGGGACUCUUCUCAGGCCUCCUGCAGGUCUGGCGUGUCCAGGGCUGCAGCUCGGGCAGGGACUAUCUGGCUGUCCAGGGGCCUGAUAAGGUGACCAUGGAGGACUUCUGGACCCUGGUGUGGGAGCAGGAUGUUCACACCAUCCUAACUCUUCUCCCAUGGCAGGAGAAGGGGGAGGUCCCCGGUGAGGGCUGCUGGCCCCUGGAAGGAGACUCCCUGUGCACAAAGCUGCUGACCAUCCAGUGUGGCACAGAGAAGCUGCUCUCUGGGGGCAGGUGCAUCCAGCUUAAAAUGAAACAUGAGAAGAAGGCCAAGGAGAGGCAGGUCCAGCAGUUCCUGUGCAGCCUCUGGAGCAGCAGGAAGCAGCCAGAUGUGCAGAGCUUGGUGGAUGUCCUCAGUGCUGCCCGGCGGUGCCACCGCAAGCGUGCCAGCCCUCUGCUGCUGCACUGCAGUGGUGCUGUGAGCCAGCUGGGGCUGCUGAUCUCCCUGGACUGUCUGCUGCAGCAGAUGAAGGCUGAGAGAGCUGUGGAUGUCUACGGAGUGACCCUCCAGCUGGCAAGGAGCUGCUGUCUCAUGACCCCAACUCUGGAGCAGUAUGUGUCCCUCUACAGCUGUGUCCAGGACAUCAUUGCUCACAAACAGCCCUGA